AUGCGGUUCCGUGCUUUCGCUGUGGCUGGCAGCAUGGCCGCGCUCGCCGCCUUGUCUGGUGCCGCACAGAUCAACGCUGCUGCCGUUGCUGCUGCCGUUGAUGCUGCCGAUACCGCAGCAUCAGCACCGGCCUCAACGGCUGCCGGCACUGGCACUGCCGCCUUUCAGAAGGCGUCCUUUUUCCGUAUUCCCAACUCCAUGCUCGACGAAGCCUCCAAGUCGCUCGACUAUGUCAACGACCGCCUCAUCCAGAUGGGCAUCACAGCCAACAAAAUGAUGAGCAACAGCCGAAAGCGCGUCUCGUUCCAGACCGCCCAAGGCAUUGCCGACCUUGUCCGCGCGCCCCUCGUGGCCCUGGAGAGCAUCUUGCAUUCGACGACCGAAAUCGCCAGCGCCAUCGGCCUCACGUUUACCACCCUCGCGGACCUCACCCUCACCGACACCGCAUCAGACCCCACCUGCGACGGCAAGUGCUUGCUCCUCAAGGCCGACAAGAUCGUCGACGAGGCCACCGCCUUUGGCCAGGCCGCCGCCGACCGCGCGGGACUGGAGGGCGUCGCCGUCCUCGUCCAGCCGGUGAUUGGCGCGGCCAAGGCGCUGGUCGUGCAGCUGGACGGCGACACGUACGACGGCCAGGCGUUCCUGCGCGAGGUCAACGAUCCCGCGGGCGCCAUGCUGCGGAAAAUGCGACUGUUCAACGCCACGAGGGCGGUGGUGUCCAUGGAGUCGACGGCCGUGCCUGGGACAGCCGCCACGACGACAAAAGCCGGCACGGUCGCUGCCAUUUGA